AUGCAUCACUCCUCGGCCGCGAACGCGUAUUGGUACUGCUCCCUGGUGUGCCUCCCGCUGUUUUUUUUUUUCGGCGGCUAUGCGGAUCCAGUGGCAGCGGUAGGCUGCUUCGGCGCGCGUCACGAGGUGCCAGGGACCCUGAUAUCAGGGCGGCGGCUGGGGGUGCGGGUGCCGUCCGAGAAGGUGAUGGGGCUUGCGGACAUAUCGUACGGACCUGUCUGCCUCGCAUCCCCUCCUCCGCUUGAUGAGCACAAUAUCUUGUCGGUGUUACCACUGUACGUGUUGACCAGCUUCAGCCUGAGCAUGAAUAAUUCCCUCGGCGGACGUAUCGACCGCCGCUACAGCUUGGGCACGCGGAUCACGCGCAUCAGGCUCACGGUAAAGUUGUCGCACCCAUCGACGAACUCAGGCCUUCGGAUCAGCCCCGGCUCGACAAGGGCGUUGCCCGAUAUAACGGUGACGGUGGAGCUGCAGCGUGGCCUCGAAAUUUUACAAGGCCCAGUCCUCGGUCUCGUGGAUGCGCUUCUUGACGGUCCUCUCCGUUAA